GGCUUCCAAAGAAAAUUUUACCAACCUUUGUCUGAAUCGCCGGCAAACGAAUCCGGCUAGGCUACCACACAAGGCGGCGGUUUUCAAAAGCGCGGCCGAUAGAGCAAACAGAGACGCUUCCCUUCCAUUCGAGAGAUGUCUCGCAGUUUGAGAGGCUACACACCCUUUGUCUUUGCGUCAGUUCUAGCAUCUGUCUCAGACUGCACAAACACGACUCUAGUCUCACCUCGCCUACAUAAACACCACUCUGCAUCUUCCAAGCUAUCAUUCAUCCGCUCCAUCUAUUCUCUUCAAAGUCAGUAAGCAUGGCAGACGAACAACCCAACAACACCCACGAGGACGACGUAGAGGUAAUGGACCAGCUGUUGCGGCGAAUCGACGAAUUGGGCGAGGAGCUCAAAGAUGCAAGAAAGCAAGAGGAGAUCCUUCAACACCAUGUAGCAGAUCUCGAGAACGAAGUCGGCGAACUGAGAGCCAACAACAACGCACUUCCACUCGGCCGAACACCACCCAAUAACACUGGAUCGCCAUCCAACUGCGUCAUGUGUGGCGCUCCUCUCGCAACCUCUGCUCCUCCUGCCUCUGCACCACCAGAUAUCCAACGUGAGGUCAAGGAUCUCCGCCGCCAGGUCGCAGAUCUCCAACGCGAUCUCGCAGAACUCCACGCCAAACGCAAUCGCUGCUCGGAGAAACUUCAGACAUGCCACGAAAAUGAGCUGGAGAAUGAGAGCAAAAUCGACUUUAUGGAAGGUCACAUCGAGUAUCUGCAAGACCGCGUGAGAGAAGAGGAGAAGAAGAGGAAAGCGCUGGAGCAACAGCACGACGACGAUUGCGAGAAGAGGUGCAGAGAGCUGAAGAGGAGGCUGCAGGUCUUGGUGAACGGCAUCCAGGUGCAUGGGGAAGCGGUUAGGCUGGCUGCUAUGGAGGCUUUGGCGGAUUUGCCGGACUGCGGAGGAGGAGACGCGAGUGAAGGCGAAGAGCGGGUUGAAGCGCAGGAUGGACACGCGCAGGACGAUGGUCAUGAACUGCACGAAGACGAGGACGACUCGCCCUCCCACAGCGACGACGACAGCGAGUACACUGUGACUGACCCUCCUACCAUCUCAGCCGAACGCGAAGAAGACCCAGCGCAGACAAGUGCCACAAACAACACAGGAGACCCUCCCAAUCCAGAAUACGCAGACCAAGAACCCCCAUUCGACAACUUCGACCUCUACUGCGACGCGGACGGGCGAGCUCUCCCAGAAACUCCAGUCCCGUUCGUGAGACGCGAUUCUCAAGAUGUCGCUGCACACUCCUCCUCCUCCUCAUCGCCAGCUCACGUGGCAGAAACCACAGCGAGUAAUCGGGAUGAGGAUGCAGGGUCUGGCCAGCGGAUAGCUUCACUGGACCCAUUGAGCGAUUCUGCAGAGGGGAGAAGUGCCGCCGCUGAAACAGAAAAUGAGAAUCACGGUGCCGUGCCGGUUAGCUCACAGGAUUCACGGGAUGACGAGGUGAUGAGGUUGGCGCAGGAGUUCGGCGGCGAGGAUGCGAUUGUGCAGGUGCUCAGCUCGUGGAGGCCUAACGAGGGGGACGACGGAGAGGGAGCGCUGAGGCAAGGUACGGAGGUGGACGAUGGCGGAAAUAAUGAAGGAGGCCGAGGUUCAGGUGAGGAGGAGAAGGGGGGACACAAGAGGUGGUAGCCGUUGGCUUUCAUGUCUGACGACCUUGAACGGUGAGGCUAGAGCGAAGGCAAUUCGUGCAGUCUCCUUGGAUAGCUCCGUGAAGCAUACGGACGAAUAGAAGCAUUCUUCAAUACGGCAAAAUCUUUUUCAUGUUUGCAUUUGCC